UUUAUAUUGUCGGCUUUUCUUGUGUCAUUGUUUCUUCUCCAACCUCUAUUUUAAUUAGAGGUGUCAAAUAAUUCCAUUACUUGCAAUGAAUUUUUACAGCCAUGAUUAACGUGUUUUAUAUUUUAAUUAUGUUAAUGAUUUUUAAUCUACUGCUUCUUUAUGGGACUUUUAAAUAAACCAAUUUCUUUUCUUUUACGCUUCUUGCUGGUGUUCUUGAAGGGUUGAUGUCAUAAGUUGAAGGGUUGACGUUACAGUGACAAGACCGGUGAGAGAUUAGCUGCAGCAGUGUUUAUUUCAGCGACCUUGUUAUCUUUACUCCGUUUUUUUCACCCUUCUUGCAACUUUUUCCAAAGUUAUUGUUACCAUUUGGAUGUAAUAGGUGUCACUGAGCAUCAAGGCUGCUGACAGCUUCUCUCCUGUAUCAGAUGCACAUCCGUGCUGCAGUUUGGAAAGACCACAGCAUCAGCUGUUUGGUUAGCUGUUAGCAUCGAAAAUAAGGCUUAUAUUAUGUACAGUUAUUAGAUGAAAUUAAAAGAUUAGAUUACUUACAGAUCAUACAUAAUUAAUGUAAAAUAUGUUUUUAAUCUCUUGACAGCAGUAAUUUUAAUAUUGUCUUUAUUUUUGAUUAGGAGAAUUCUCUGCUUGAGGACACCUUUGAGGCAGCAAGGUGGUGUACCACAAGGUCCUUCAAAGGAAACAUUUCCCUUCCCCAGGUCACCAUGGACAGGGAAGCUUGCCGGAGGGCAGUGGAGAGGUUAUGCUUCUGUGAUGGCCUGGAUUAAGAGGAGAUGAACGACUGCAGGGAACCGUUCCUGUUCAUGUUUAGUUUUCAGUCAGACUAUGAGGAGUUCUGCAGAGAAAUUGAGGAAAAAAGGAAGAUGAAGGUGUUUUCUGGUUUUGAAAUGCCAUAGUACAGCGGUGUCACAGUUUUUGCAUUAUUUUUCCUCCUCACAUUGUCUUUUGGAGGUUCUCUUGUUUUUUGUGUGCUUUUUGGUUCAUUUGUUUGUACUUUUUUUUAUUCCUGUGUUAGCUGUUUGCUCUAUUAAAUUUACCUUUUUUGAAAAAUUUAGUCUGCAUUCUUGGGUGUCUCACACAAUGUCUCACCACCCCGCUUCAAACCCUGGCAUGUUUUAAGAGGUAUCAGCACAAUUUAAGUCUCUGGUCCUCUUAAUGUAGCUGAUAUAACUGAGUGUACAACAAAUUUACCCGUGUCUGUCUGUACAGUUUUACACUCACUUGGGAAACGACUAUUAAAAUAAAGGCAGCAUUGAUAAAAUCAACUAUUAAAAUUGUUUUGACAGGUUUAAAGAAUAGUCUAUCAAAUGCCUGAACCUUUUAUAUAGGUACCAAAAGUAUAGCUAAAAGACAAAUACCUAUGUGCUAUAAAUACACAUACCAUACAAAAGUAGAAAAAAUAAUAAAAAUAUCAGAACAGAUUGGAUCAAAAUGGCGCCUGUAAUUAUCUGCUCUUAAAAAUUAUCAUGACAUUCAGCAAACAAGUCAUUUGAUUACCAAUGUUAUGCUUUACAUGGGUUUUGUGGGUUUUUAGGGCUUUCUAAUCCUUAGAAAGGGGCUACUCGCGGUUUCCUGGUUCCACUGAGAGAGGGGCAGGAGUCAAAUAGUUGUCUCCACCCACCUCUAAACGUUUAACCCCGCCCACAUUUAACCCCGCCCCGAUCUCCGGGAUGGCAGUUGGUUAGUUAUGCAGUUCGGCGUUCAAUGCCGCGUUCAAUUACUAGAAAAAACGUCGUUUUUUACGGCGCUCUGAAAGACUACAUGAAGAUGGCGUGCAAUACGGCGUUCUGAAGGGAUUUCCGCCGCUUUUUUCGGCCUUUUAAGUUUAAAGACGGCGAUUUAGACGCCGUUAAAUAACCAAAUGUGUUCAAAAGUGGGCGACUAGUGAUCCGACCGGCUUGCCAUACAUAAGGCUUGCGAUUGACACACGCUGACGACGCGGCUCCACGUGCUGCCGCAGCUUGGGCAUAUAUAUGCGCCCUCUUCUCUUGUCCUGUCCACCCACUACGACCAUCGACAGGAUGACGAAAACCAAGAGUGCCAGAAAUUGCCCGAUGUGCAGAAAACGCCUGCUACACGUGUCAAAGCACAUCCGGGAAUUUCACAUUGUGGCAAAUGAGAAGGAGAGGGACAUACUGAAUAAAUACGCCGCCGACCGUAUUGUCGUUCCACCAGGUCCCUGCCCCAUGCCCAACUGUCUUUCCUACAUUGCUAAUGUAGAGAAGCACAUGAAGGCACACAGGGACCUGAGUGGAAAGGCAAUAGCCAAGAAAGUGAGAAGGCUGAAACAGAGUGUGGCCGUUGACCUAUUGAGAGAGCUGCGGGCCACUGACCCCACCCCUCCGAUGGUCAGCACGCUCGAUCUCGAGGCGCCCACAUCCAGCAGCACCCACAGCAGCAGGAACCCCGCCUGCAUGCAGCGAGUGCACUAUCUGACCACGGAGGUGUGUCACCUUCAGCAGGCUUUGACUGAGGCCAAGAGGCUGGCUCAGCCACGGUCCGGGCCUCAGGAGGCCAGCAAGCAAGUACAGAAGAAGGAAAAUAUCAUUGCUAUAGCACCUCUCAGGAGGUGCUUCAAAAAGCCAUCCCCAUCAGCUGAUUCAUCCUCUCAUGAUGAGCAGCCACGGUCCGAGCCUCAGGAGGAGGAGAUGCAGAUGUGGCUCCAUCUUUCGCCCUCGCCCUCGCCCUCCUCUGAUUUGGAGGAGCCCGUGGAGCAGCCCCAGCAGGCAGUUAAGAGGAUGCUGUCUUUUUCUGUCUCCCCCUCGACUACGGAGCCCACUUCGUCACAGCCACACAAGAGGAAGAUGAAGACGAAGCAUGUUACCUCUCCCCCAGAGUCACCAGGGGAGGCCAGCGACAAGUCUGGCGCUCUCUCUAUAGGCUUCCCUCAUGUUUCCUCCUAGUCACUCCCGUGUAGUUCCUAUUGGUUUGUAUUAGUCCUCCUCACCCCUCGAGUCAUUAGUUGUUUAUCUUUGCCCUUAGUCUUUAGGUUUAGUUAUUUAGUGUUUUAUAGGUUAUGGUUUAUCACCCCCUCUGCUUAGUUCUUUCCCCCAUUUAGUUUGUUGAUGGCACCUGUCUCCCCUCUAGACCUCACUCGUCUCACCUGUCACCUUUUCCCCUGAUUGCUUCCUUCGUGUUUAAAACCCCUGUCUUGUCCCUCAGCGUUUGUUGGUCCAUUGUCGUUGUCAGCGUUCUGUCUUCCUCAGGAACUCCAAGUUGUUGCUCAUGAAGGAGCUUUGUUUUUGUUUGGCUUCCUGCCUUUGGAUGUUUACCCAUCAUCCUAAUAAAAGAAUUUUCAUUAAUUCAACCGUUCCUGCCUGAGUUGUCUGGGCUUCUGAAUUUUGGGUCCAAACCUCCCGCUCUCAGCGUGCCAUGUUCAUCUAUAAGGAGGAGUCAGAGAAGGAGCUGUCCCCAAAAGGCAUUCUGGGCAGUGGCACCCAACUUUGGGGGUCAUGGUAGAGCGUCCAGGCUCCGGAAAAUUACCUUCGGCCCCGCCAUUGGUAAGAAAGAAUACAUGGUGUAUUUGCA